UUUGAAAAGAAUUUGCAAAUCCGGAAGUGUUGCUCGGUUCAUGAAAACACGCAUCUUAGGUUCUGGUUAUGGCAGGAAACUAUUACUUUGUGAUGGUUGGGCACCAUGAUAACCCAUUAUUUGAGAUGGAAUUCUUUCCACCAAACCGAUCUAAUGAUCCAAAGAAGGAUGAUCAUCGGCAUUUGAAUCAGUUUGUGGCCCAUGAAGCACUGGAUCUAGUUGAUGAGCAGAUGUGGUCUACCAGUAACAUGUACCUGAAGAUUGUAGACAAGUUCAAUGAAUGGUUUGUGUCAGCAUUUGUCACAGCAGGACGUAUGAGAUUUAUUAUGCUGCAUGAAGUGAAGAAUGAGGAUGGUAUCAAGAAUUUUUUUACUGAAGUUUAUGAAACUUAUAUCAAGCAUGCAAUGAAUCCCUUCUACGAGAUCAACAAACCAAUUACAUCUUCUGCUUUUGAGAAGAAGGUGCAGUUUUUCGGUAAGAAGUACCUUACAGGAUAGUAGAACUGGUGCCAGAAACCAGCCAGAAUCAUACUCUUGUUGUAGGAACCAGUUCAAGAUCUGUGAUAUUACAUGUUGUAUUUACUGCAAAUGACAGUGGACUUGAUUUUAAGGAUUGCAUGUGGGAUGUGAUUAACAGUUGAUUUUUGACCUUUGAUUCAGACAUAGAAACUAAGAGUUUGAUGGAUUUCUAUAUGGGCAUGGAAACAGAAAUGGUUUAUAAAAGAAUUAGUGUAGUUAUUUCAAAGCUUUGAUGCUGGUUUCACCAAGGAGAUGGUAACUUUUCUGAAGAAGAAACUGAAUGAAAAUGGUGCAUUUAAAAAACCCUUCCUGGCCUUGUUUAUAGAAAUAUCAUAGUUUCUCUUUAAUACAGUAAUAACUGUUUUAAAGACGUGUAAGGUUUUACAUGUCAGAUUUGGAAUAUUUGGAAGUAUUUUAGUUUCGUCAUAGAAAAAUAGACACAUUCAUGAUCAUUGUUACUCACAAAAAUUAGGACUUGUUUUUACAGCAGCUUGAAAAGAGGAAGAAAUUGAUAUCUUAGAAAAGUUUAAAAGAACUUGAAAUUAAAUGUGACAAAGCCCUGAUGUUUACAAAAUAUGGAAUCUGAUGUACAGAUUUGGACAUUUAAACAAUGAAAAUUGCAAAUUAUUGCUUGUCAGAAAAUCAUAUGAACACUUUCAUAUACUUUAUUGUUUUAGGUCAGUUUAACAUUGGCCAGUAUUCAUAAAAGAUUUAAAGUCUAAAACUUAGACUUAAUAAUAAUUGUAAAUAUUCAUUCUGCCACAACUUUGUUUAUAACAAAGUUAUAUUGAUGAAAUUAUGCAGCGCUUUAUAAAUAUUCGUGCAUAGUUUCAUUGCAGUCUGUGAAAAUUUAACAGUCACUGUGUCAGAGCAUAAUGAUAAUUUAUCAUUUUCAAGUGUAAUUUUUAGACCUAAAACUUUGAUGAAUAUUGGACCUGGCCUACAAUAUAAACUAUAUUUGUUUAUUAUGAUGAAUGACUAACUUUAAUGAAAGGGACCA